AUGUUUGUAGCUCCAACUUGGAAGGUAUUUCCUGAUUGGUUGCCGUGAGCACUGUGGGUCACUGUGGGAAGCCCACGUACAAGUGUGGUCAUUCAGUGACUGUGAACACUGCUUGGUUUUCAUCUCGCUUACAUGUGGAGGCUCGGAGGCGGCCAGACCUGCAGUGACUCGGGGUUGCUAUGGCUAUGUCCUUGUUACUGGUCAGUUGUCUGCAUGUUGCGCUCACUUGUCUCCUGCUACAUGUAGGCGAUUGCCUUCAGACGGAACCAAAUCUCUGUGAUUCAAGCUGUCCUGGGUUUUCUAGCUCUGACCUGUCCUAUCAGAGAGGGGUGAGGUAUACUUACAGGUAUAGCACGAUAGUUACCACCACCCUCCAUGGCUCCAAUGCUGGCAGGAAUGGACUGGCUCUGGACUGUGUGGUUGAUAUCGACGUGGUUUCCAAGUGUCACUUGAUGAUGCAGAUUAGGAAUCCGCAGAUAAAGCGGCUUUCUCCUCAGAAGGAGCACUCUGUGCAGCGUUUAAAGAGCUUGAGGGAUUCACUGGAGAGAACGCGCCUCAAGUUCUCCCUCCAGGGGGGAAAGGUCACGGCCCUCUGUCGCCAGGAGGGGGAGCAGGUGUGGGCCCUCAACAUUAAAAGGGCUCUACUGAGCAUGCUCCAGACCUCCCGCAUGGCCUCCAAACAGGAACUAGAAAAGGAGACAGACUUGUACGGGACGUGCACCAGCAGGUAUGAGAGGCGAGGACCGUUACUGCUGAAGAGCAGGGAUCUACAGCAAUGCCACCAAUCCAGGCUGGCAAACUUCUGGCCCCAUUCAGUAUCUUUAACUGCAGAUACAUCGGUGCGUUCAGAGCUGCACUGUCUUCAGAGGCGUGGAUCUACAGUGAUGCAGGAGGUCAACUGCACCGAAACCGUUUCCAUGGCAACAUGGUCCAGGACUGCAGGGCUGGUGAAGACCCAAACGGUGUCUACCCUGCUCCUGCUCAGAGCCCAGCCUGGGACUCCUUCAGGCACAGAUUCUUUACGUGUCGGUGUGCUAACUGACCUCCAGUUUGAAGACGAGGGGGCUGAGAGGCCAGGGAAAGCUAGAGCAUCAACACCUCAGCAAGCCAGUCAAACUGUCCGUGUGUUAUGUAGCCUUACCUCAGACCCACAAUUGGUAUCACAAGAGUUCCUUCAACUGGCUUUCCAGCUGAGAGAUCAGACCCUCUCUCAGCUCAAGGCACUUUGGCAAGAAGCGUCUUUCAAGUGCCGCAACGACUGGCAGCCUUUGUUAGAUGCAUUACCAGCGUGCGGAUCUGAAAACUGCAUCUUACUGCUGACCGACCUAAUGAAGAGCAGAGAGCUGGAGGAGGAGCAGGCUCACGCGUUUCUCUCCACCAUCGCCCUCAUCCCCCACCCGUCGCCGCAAAUCAUCGACUCCAUCAAUGACUUACUGGAGGUCCCAGAGGUGCGGUCCAAGGCUCUGUUAGCUGGAUCAUGUUUGGUCUAUCAGUUGUGCCGGAGGUCUCAAGCCUCCUGCAGUGAACUUUCUCAGGUCCAGACCUUCGUACAAACGCUUCAAAAAACCCUGAUGGAGGGCAGUGACGGAGAGCAAUCCGCUCAGAGACGUACACUUUUUUAUGCACUGAAAUCAGUGGGGAACAUGGGCCUGUCUGCCCCAGCCUUCAUUCCUCUCCUAAACCGCCUCGUGCUCGGCCACUCAACUGCGCCGAAGCUGAGACUCGCUGCUAUCCAAGCCUUCAGACGCUUUCCUUGCUCAGCCGACAGAUCUGUGCUGUUGCAGCUGUACCGGUCCUCCCAGGAGGAUCCCGAGGUCAGAAUCACAGCAUACCAGCAGCUCAUGCGCUGCCCUGAUCGGGGCGUGUUUGAUGUGGUGAAGACGACGCUGAGGGACGAGACGUCCAGCCAAGUGGGCUCAUAUGUGUGGAGUCACCUGACCAGCGUCCUGAGGAGCGAGGACCCCAUGAAGCAGCCGCUAAUCGAGUCACUCCCUGAUGAUAUUAUCAGCAGGGACUUUGAGGCUGAGUUUCUGAAAUACUCCUCCUAUUCAGACUACACUGUUUCAUCCGGCAUGGGAGUCACAAACGUGGAGACGUCUUUGGUUUUCUCGCCCAAAUCCUUUCUACCCAGAUCUGCCACUGCCAACCUGACAGCAUAUUUUUAUGGCAGAGCUCACAACCUCCUGGAGGUCGACCUUCACGUUGAAAACGCUGAGCCGCUUUUGAAGAACGUUUUCGGUCACUCUGAUGGAGAGUCUGCAGCUGGAAGUCGGAAAGAUGGGCAGUCCGAGGAGGAGAGGAGGACGAGAGGGAGAGCAGAUGAUGGCCACAGAGGAGAAAGAGAAAAAUGUUUGUCCAGCACCAACAGUUACCUGGACAAGGCCAGGGCCAUGUUGUUUGGGAGCAGGAGAGCAGAGGAGAGCAGGCCCGAGUGUUGGGUUGGUGUGAAGGUGUUUGGCAAUGAGCUCAGCGUGUUCACAUGUGAAGACCUCUACGACCAAAUCAACCAGGUGUCGCUGAGCGUGGCAGGACUGGCUGUCAAACUGCUCAAGGGUCACGAGGUUCAGCUGAACCACAGGGCCGUGCUGAUGACAGAGGAGCUGCUUUUACCAUCUCUGUCUGGUUUGCCCAUCAAAAUGGGCAUCAACAUGACCUCCCUCCUUUCUCUGCGUCUGAAGGGCAACAUCAACUACAGGGAUACUUCUCACUUCUCCCUGACUGGAUUCAUCAAACCCAAUGCACAUGUGGGGCUGUCUGCCAGGAUGGGGGUUGACGGUGCUUUGGGCCAGGCUGCAGUGGACUGGGUCUCAGAGCUGCGGAGCUCCACCAGCCUGGAUGGGAGUGUGGAGAUGCAGGAGGGACGGGAUCUCAGGGUCACACUUAACACGCCAGAGGACGUCAUGGACAUCAUCUCUGUCAGCUCGAGAGUGUUUCAGCUCAGUGGAGACCACAGAGAGGAGAUAAAGGGGCCAAAGAGUCGAGUCCAGAAGACCGCCUGCACACCAAAGACGUGGUCCAAGAUGGUCGGCUGGCAGCUCUGCUCCAAUGCCUCUUACCCGUCACUUGCUGCGGGUAUUUCCCUCCCUCCUCCAGGACCAGCCCACCUCUCCCUGAGGUUGCUGAAGCUGGACAGAGGCCUCCAUUACUACCUGCUGGAGGCCGCCUACUCACUGCUUGCUCAGAGAGGCACCUGGGUCCCCAGAGAGGCCUCUAUCCACCUCCUCCUGGCCACACCUCAGUCCUCCAUCCCCAGGGACAUGUCUCUGGACCUGAGCUUCAACCCUCACAGACUGCUGCUGAGGAUCACCCAUCCUCUGAAAACCAUCCGCAUACAAGGGCAACUUGAACGAGAGCGGAACGUAAAGUCAGGGAAGCUGGAGCUGCUGGUUGAUGGUUCUCAUUAUUACAUCAUGGGUUUGGUCGACUCUCAGACCCUCCUGUCAGAGCAGCGCACACGCUAUCACAUUGAAGCCAAAAUGGCCGCUCAUGGACAUCCCAUGAUCCUCUCUGCUAAUGUUACCCGUGGACUUGGCAGAAAGACCAGCAUCUCUGCCACUGUGAAGAACGUGUUCAGAGAAACUGCAUCAGUGUCAGUGGUCCUGGAGCGCAGGCGGGAUGGCAACAGCAGGCAGUACUCUGUGGAGGCGGAGCUGCUGUUACCCGGUGUGGUCGGCGCCAGGAUGCUGGGACUGAUGGAGCAGAAGGGCUCGCUGUGGAGCUCCGCCCUCAGGCUCAAAUAUGGUCUGGGAGGUGAUGCCCGACACCUGCGUCAGGAGUGCUACACAUCUCAGAGACUAAGGAGUGAGAGGGAUUCAAACCUCACGUACAUCAUGAGAGCAGAUCAUGAGUUCUACUGCUCCAACACCGCUCCAAUCAACCACAAGAUCCACCUCAGGCACGAGGAGAGCGCCAGCCACGUCAAAUCCGCCCUGGACAUGAGCUAUGGCAAACACUGGGAUGAGAUCAACAACAAACGCACACUCCUCCUGAGCCAGUCCUUCAAAAACCAGAGCACACUAAACCACACCAGCUACACACUGGAGUUCAUUUUCCAGGUGCCGGAGAAGAAUUUAAACUACAGGACUCAGCUUCUUCACUCUCACCUGAGACAAGUCGGGUCUGAGUGCAGCACUCACCUCAAAGUCAACUACAACAACCUGAUGCCGCUGGUGGCAGGAUUACACUGGAAAAGCCCUCCCAGAGACACCCCGCAGAAAAAAUGGGAAGGCACAUUCAACAUGGACACUCCGUGGCUGUACAUCUACACUGCGCACAAACUGAGCCAGCAGCCGCGCCACACGCUCCAUCUCACGUCAGAGCUCACAGCCAGUAAGUGGCUGACCAUCCGCAGCCUCCUGCUGGAAGGUUUCUACAGGGACAGGGGCAGAGAGAGGGAGGCCCGUCUGAAGCUCUACACUCCAGCUGUCACCUACAUCCAAGCAGGAGGGUGGAGCAUUGUGGGGAAGCGAAGUGUAAAGGCCUCCGCCUCCUUAAGCUCAUUGUGGACUCCACCCGUGAGAGGAGACGUCUCUCUGGAAGCCUCUAAAUCCAGCUACACCCUGCAGAUGGCCUCCGCUUACGGCAAGAACAACGUCAGCCUCGCUGCUGCCCUGAACACUGUGGAGAAGAAUCUGAAAAAGAGGCAAGCGAUGCUGAAGAUGAGCUUCUCGAAGCCGAAGAGCCCGUCCACAGAACUGGAGUUGGAGGGAGUCAUAGAGGAGCUGAGGAGGGACAAGAAGAUGUAUCAGAAAACAGCAAUGCUUCAGCUCAGACAGCCCUUACAGACCUUCCCUCAGACUCUCUUCCUGCGGGAGACCUUCACCGUUGACCUCCUCAGAGGCCUCUACAUCCUGGAGUCGAAGGCUGGUUUCCAAGGCAACAGAGAGGUCAUCCACACCCUCACCCUCGGCUACCAGCCACCGAGCCCUUUUGUUUGUUCUGCGCUGAUCCAUCCUUUCAGCUCCGACACUGUUCCGUCAGACUCAGAGAUCUGUGUGACUGUAACCAGCAACCAGACCCAGAAAGACAUACAGGGGAGGUUACGUGUUGGGAGCAAAGAGAGACUGACUUUCUUCGGACAAGUUCAGUUGCACUCAAGUCACCAGGUGAUAAAUGUUAGAGCCAACUUCAGCCAUCAGCUCGAGCUGCAGCUCCCCUCCUCUGCUGCAGUGGAGGGAAAUGUAUGCUGGAACCCCAAAAACAACACUGACUUUGAUUAUCAGGCCAGAGGUAAACUGAGAGUGGAGCGACAGCAGUGCCAACUUUCUGUACAGCUCAAUGGAACAUCAAGCAGAGUCGUUCUUUAUUCCUCUCUCAGUCAUCCCUUCAAAUCAAAGAUUCCCAAAACAUUAGAGGUCAGAGCCACGGCAGACAUUUCUACAGAGGCUGGUAGAGGAAGUAGCUCAGUGAAUGUGAGGGCUGAUGGGAAGGACAGGGUGAAGCUGGACACCCAGGUUUCACACUCCCUCCAGAGAGGAGAAAGAACUGUGGGGCUGAGGGUUAAUGUGUCCCAGAGCCUGCUGCAUUCUCCCACUGACCUGCGUUUAAACAUGGCUGCCAACAUGUCAUCAGACAGUGUGUCUCUACAUGGCUCCUAUAAACAGGGGCAUGAGGCUCUGCUGGCCCAGGUCAAAGGCUCUCUAAAAACCACACAGGGCCUCCAGCUGGCUGUGUCCGGGGACCUGAGGCACUCCAUGUCCAACCUCGCUGUUUUGCCUCCAGUGCUGGGGUUGGACGGGGCGCUGGGACGGUCUGACACGCUCAUUGAAGGACAGGUGAGAGUUAGAGUGAUGGAGGCCUUGUACAAUGUAGAGCUAAGACAUCAGGAGGAUCCCGGCGAUGCUUCGGGUAGAGAGGAUGAAGAGAGCAUGUUGGGAAAGAAAUCCCAUGUGACCCGUGAUUGGCUGUGUGUUCGGAUGGGGGCGGAGCAUUUGUGCGCAAAUGUGAGCCGCACACUGGUGGAUCGAGGGAAGGGUGAGAUUCACAGCCGACUAUCUCACUCUUUCCACCUGCUCAACGCCACAGGUGUACCUGGCAACAGUAGUGCCCAGGUGAGGUGGGCUCAGCAUGGCAUUCGACUGUCAGUCCUGGCAGAGCUGCAGGCUGGAGCUGAACAUCUAAAAGCUGAGUUUAACGGCGGAAAGACAGAGCAUGUUAUCCCUCGGUGGGAGUACUUCUCCAGGCUGCAGCAUCAAGUCAAAGCCCUGCUGAAAAGAGGCGUAUCGAGCUCCAUACAAGCCAAAGCACAUUGCCAGUUAGAAACUGAAGGACUGGACACUGGCUUGGUCCUUCACAUGGACGACGAGAGAACGGUUGAGGCCCUUUUAAACGUUGGAUCAAAAAACAACACAGCUGUAAUGGCAGUGUCUGUGUGGCAACAGAUGGACCUGCUCCAGGCAGUCAUACCCAGCUCCUUGCAGGGGGUUCUGUUUUCACAGAUGAACUGCACAGGGGAUGCCGCCGCAGACCGACUCUCAGCCCAGUGCUAUGGAAAUGUGGCAGGUCGCCCUGUGGAGUCUCUCCUCCCGUCACAGACUUCAGCCAACAUCUCCAUCACCCGUUCUGGCUGCUCCACGUAUCUCAGUACCGUUCUGCAGACUGAGGGCAAAGAGAAGGGCAACCUUAGACUGCAUUUAAGCUGUCACCCCCACUUUAGUCUGAAAGCAUCUGUGCAGCACUCUGUGGACGCAGUACAGAUGCUGGGAUUUCCUUCCCACGGAGCAGUCAUCCUGAAUGUUUCAUCUGCGCAUCUGCCUGGCGUGGAGGCUGGUGUGGAGCUGGGACCUUGUUAUUUCAGGGGCAAUUUGGGGAAAACCAAAGCUGCACCGACAGAGGAGGAGCAGUCUUCCUAUGCUGUAAAUGUGACACACUACUGUCCUGCCCUGCUGGGAACGGUCCUUCCAGUGUCCCUGGCUCUUCGGGGCCUCCUGUCAGUCGUCCCCUGCCAGCUCACCAUGACCUCCUCCCUGAGGGCAGACGACCAGGACCUCUCCCUGGAGCUGAGUCAGUCCUGCAGGCCUCCACGUCUCUCUGGGACCCUCACACACUCCUUCCUCGCGCUGAGGAGCCAAGGUGUGCCCCAGAUGAUCCUCAUAGAGGCCGCUGCUCCUGGAGGCCCUGAGCAGGCGGGAGCCCUGUUCAUUAAAGCUGGGACGUGUUCCAUCAGAGCCAACAGGUUUAUAGAGGCCAAAGGAGGGACACAGUGGAUCUGGGCUCUGGAGUCAAAGUGUCCAGUAUUACAGGCUCAUCUGAACGGCUCAGUGAUGAAGGACCCUCAAGGUAUCUGGACAGCCACAGUGGACACCCAUCUGGAUGGAAAAAGGGGUUUCCUGAGGCUGAAUGGAAGGGCCUGGCCUGAUCUGAGUGUGGAGGGCGAGCUCAGCCACAACCUUCCUGCUCUGAUAAACGUCCCACAGCACAGCAGACUGAGAGUGAGCAGCCGGGCUGGGAAACAGAGAUAUGACAGCGAAGCCUUUAUCCAGAUGGAGGAGUGUUCAGUCAGAGCCAGUGGAGUUGUGAUGUCUCAGAGGGGCCUGCAGGGGUCGCUGGUGUAUCACAACAACUGCACAGUGAUUCAGGAGUGGGGGAGUCCGGACAGGAUACAGUCCUCCGGGUUGUUGGUCGUCUCCCCAACUCUUGCUGAAUCUCAGGUCUCCAUGGCGAUAGAUGAUGCUGAGUUAAAGGCGUCAGUGUCUCUUAAAAAAACCAAGGAUAAAAAUGAAGCGUGGCUAAAUCUAAACCACUCUGUGCCUCUGCUGAGGGAGCUGGGUGUCCCUGCUGAUGCUGCUGUAACAGUGAACUCUGGGAGUAAUGGCAAUGGCUCGUACUAUCACUUGCUCCACAGCAGCGCAGGAAAUCAAAAGAUAACUCAAGAGACGACAGUGGCAAAGAUGUCUGAAACAGUCAGAGUAAGGAGUCAUUUUAGACACACAGUGAGCUAUCUGAGCCGACUGGGAGUCCCCGCAAACAACAGCAUCCAGGUAGAUCUUGGUUCCUCUGAAGGUAAGGCUCUGACCCUACAGUCCCAACUUGGAGGUCAGCAGGCUGGAGCGAGACUUUACAUUAAAAGUCUCCCAGUGAACAAGGAGAUACGAGGAAAUCUGUGGCACAGCUGGUCGUGGCUACAGGACAGGGGACUGCCACGUAAUACGGAGGCUCUGUGCUCCAUCCAGGGAGUCCUCUCUCAGCUUCUGUCCAGGGCUCAGCUCACUGUGGACGGACACAAGCUGCUGACCUCAGGCUUUAACGUCAGUGUGGCUGAUGGACGUCUGGCCCUGCUGCUCUCCUACUCUCCCACAGCUUCUAAUCAAACAGCCACGCGGCGCAGUCUGGACGCAACCCUGACUGCUCAGUUCAGAGGUCCUCUGCGGAGCGCCUUAUUGGAUGUUCACUGUCGCGACUGGAGAGUCCAAGCUGUCGGGGACGUAGGAGGCUGGGGGGCACACGGAGGUUCCAAGGAGGCCAGGGUCACAAUAAAACACAGCAUACAGGGACAAACUAGCCCUGCCUUACAGGUGGAGGCCUGGGGAAGACUGACUGAGUCCCAGCUGAGGUGCUCCAUCGCUGUCAACCCCGAACUCAGCUCCUCACUGGCAUUGAUCCUCCAGGGACACCACCUGCCUCAUAGCAAGGACCUGAUGGUGAAAGUGGUCCAGAAUAUUCCCAGGAUGUUGGUUUACCUGCCGUCUCAGCUCAACAUCCGCUCUCAGCUGAACCAGUCUCAGUCCAGUGUGGCAGGUUUGGUUGAGGUGUUGUCAGGCAGGAGGAGGCUGUGGGCUCUGGGGGAACUGGCAGCCAUAGAGAGUGGAUACAGACAGGCCGUGGAGCUCAAACACUCAUACCCACAGCUGAAGCCGCUCCCCAGGACUGUCGCAGUGAAGACGGUGUAUGAGGCCAGAAACUGGAGCUACCAGGUUCAGCAUGGAGCUGUGUGGGGCAGUCAGGAGUUCAGCUUGUUUGGUCUCUACUCUGCACCUCCAGCACUGGAGAUGGGGAACCAGACCCUGAAGGUGCAGAUAAACUGCGUUCCGCGUUGGACUAGUCUGGACGCGACGCUGGAACGUUUUUUAUACGGCCGACAGGACAGUGUUUUACUGGGCUGGACGAGGCAUGGCCGGCUGGAGCAGGUCAGAGCUCUUAGCUCAUGGAGUCGGUCAGAGGAGAUGAACGAGACCAGACUGGAGCUGAAGCAGCCCUUCUCCUCCGCAGUCAGUCAGAUGUCCUUUCACACGCUGUCACACAGCUCACUGAGGGAGAAGCGCAGCAGCCAGCAAGUCCAUCUGUCAUGGGGCAGUGCCGUCCCUGUAAACGUCUCCCUCAGCCUGAACAAACACUGGCAGGACAACUCCAGCAGAGGGCAGGCCUGCGCUCUGUUCUCAACGCAGCAGAUGGUGGUGUCCUCUGUUAAAGGUUGCGUGUCCGUCGGCCGGGAGGGAAACUCAUUUUCACAAAAUGCAGAACUGAAAUGGGACCACAGGAGCGUCAAGCAGGGCAUGAAGUACCAGAAGGGUCCACAGGGCAUGCACAGCCUCCAGGUGAACGUCGGCCUGGACAAAGUGUCUCCUGUGCCCUGUCCUUCACACACGCUCCUGACUAAGAUUCAGACCAACCUCAGAGAUCGUCUGGAGCACACAGUGCUGCUGGGCCUCUGUCCCCCACAGCCCACUUUGUCGUGGUCAGGAUCCCACAGAGUGAACACAGGAGAGGAGCUGCUCUACACACAGUCUCGCCUGUCAGUGACGGGACGGCCUCAUCACUGCAGCCUCACCUUUGCCCUGACCAACUCCUCUUCAGCUCAGGGCUCCAACAUAUCUCUGUUCUCUGAGUCUAGGAUGGGUAACUGGAGUGUGGAGGUGGGGGGCAGCUCCCUGUCUGGGCCCCGGGGGUCAGGUGUCCAGGUGCAGGCCAGACUGGACCACAGAGAGAAGAUAUGGCUGAACGGGACGUUAGAGGGACGAUGUCUUCGUACCACAGCGGGGUAUAUGAACGGUCCAGCUCUGAACGAAGAUGUGGCCGUGGUCGCGUGUGUCGGAGCCGAUCGCGAUUUGAUGCUCGAUGUGCUGAAAAGCGUCGGAGACAGCGAACCUGAAACUCUUGGCGCCGUUUCUGUGGGAUCGGCCAAUCAGAGGCUGAUGCUGAGAGCGAGUGGCUGUUUAGAGAGCCUCGCUGCGUUGGAGGCACGGAUUCAACACCUGAGCUCUCAGAUCCGGAAUAAGCUGUUGGAGAGGAUCAAAACUUUACAACAUCUCCUUGUCGAAUUCGGACGGCAGUCCAGAGACAGCGAGUUGCUCCAGGAGCUGGGCGCCGCGCCUCUCCGCGUCCUCCAGCGAGCCGAGGCUCUGCUGGGCCACAGCGACGGAGGUUUGCUGGCUGUGUGGCAGAACGGCCCCCUGCGUCACAUCCUGACCGGCGGCCUGCCACGCUUCCUCGGCCUGCUGCAGCACGCCUCUCUGCUGGGACAACAGGAACUGAGGAGGCCCCUGGCCACUCUGGCAGGUGUGUACCAGGAUGUGAAGGGCCAGAGGCCGGAGACGUUGUGGAAGGAGGCUGUUUCGCUGUGGACUGACGGGCUGGUGGAGGUCCUGCCUGUUCUGUUGGGGAACCCCCAGCUGAGGCCGCUGGCGCAGGCCGGUGUUGCCAUGCUCAGCAUCGCUCUGGAUGUGGCUGGUCAGCAUACCUACCACUGGAUGGAGACCAGACUGGCCAUGGCUCUGUCUGGAGUCAGGAAACAACUGGCCUCUGUCUACAAAUUCUCCCCCAGCGAGUGUUCAGUGAUUGCAUCAGUGCCGCUGCCACCACUCCCCUGGUCCAGGGUGGCCGAGGCUGGACUGGUGGAGAUCCUUCUGGAGGAGUGGCUCCUGAGGCCGCUGCAGAGCCUCGCCUCUGUCAGACCCAUGGCCGAACUAUACCGCCUCAAAAGGAAGAUCAUGGACAGCCCGUUUAGACACCAAGCUCUGUUGGUGGCAGAUCAGUUUGUGGUGACGUUCGACGGCCACCUGUAUGAGCUCCCGGCCUCCUGCCCGCUCCUCCUCGCCCAAGACGUCAGCGCUGACCCUUCAUUCACGCUGCUGCUCAGAUCAGACUCACAGAGCUUCCUUCUGAUAGGAAUGAAUAACAGCACCAUCAACAUUCAGCACAAUGGGCAGGUGAAGGCCAACUGCAACAAAGCUGUAACCAACACAUUUCACAGUGACCAUGGCGUGGCGGUCAGAAGCGGUCCAAACAUUGUGCAGGUGUCCAACCGGAACGGAGCGACAGUGUCAUGCGACCUGUUGCUUCAGGUGUGCAGCUUCACUCUUGAAGGAUGGUUGCAUGGAAUGUCCACCGGCCUGUUUGGGACCAACGACAACGAAGCAGGCAACGACUCUCCUUUGCCUGAUGGAUCUCAAGCUGAAAGCCUGGGCAGGUUUUUCUACAGCUGGCAGAUGAGAUCAGGGUGCGUUAAACCACCAGGUGUGUCGGAGCACUUUCCCAAAGCGACCGCAAGCCCUGUGAGCUGUGACUUUCUGUUCUCCUCUCCGGAUUCUCCGCUGAGUUCCUGUUUCAGGGUGGUGGAUCCCGGUCAGUUCUUGUCAGUGUGCGAGCUGAGCUCCUCCAGAGCACCGUGCAGAUUAGCGUCUGCUUUUGCUCAUCUCUGCCAGCAGAACUACAUACCUCUGGAGGUCCCUGCACAGUGCUUGAAAGCCUGAAGAAAGGUCGAGCCGAUGAAGAGCACAGCCGGGUGAUUUCAUGACCUCUGUUAGCUGCUAAAACCACACUUACACUUUCAUACCACUGUUUAUGACAUGUGACUUAUAUACUUUAUUUUAUUGAAUUUUUUUUACCACAUUGUAUAGUUACACAAUAUCAUACCUCCUCUGAUGCACACUUCUGUCCUGUUUGGACAUGCAGAUGUUGUGCCAGUAAUGUGAAUGUGAACACACUAACACGUAGAGGCCUCGUUCUUGUAUUCUCUGUGGUCUGUAGUGCAAACACUGAACAUAUUUGUGACUGUAACUAAUCCUCACAACCAAACUUAGAUCAUAAAGACAUACAACAAAUA